AUGGCUGCAAUCAGCGAGCUCUACUCUAAAAGGAAGUUAGAUUGGAGAUUAAACGUCUCCUUCUUGAAGCUCAUACCUAAAAAAGAAGAUUCUGCCACGGUGAAAGAUUUUAGACCUUUAAGUUUAAUAAGCAUCUUUUAUAAGAUUGUGUGCAAGUUGUUGGCGGAAAGGAUUAAAACAGUCAUGCCAGGUUUGAUUUCUAACGCUCAGGGAGCUUUUGUUAAGAAUAGACAAAUACUUGAAGGCAUACUGAUCACACAUGAGCUGAUAGAUAGCAGACUGAGACAACAAAGACCAGGCAUCUUGUGUAAGAUUGAUGUGCAAAAGGAUUUUGAUAACAUAAUGUUAUCUUUGCUCAUUAAUAAGGCAGUUGAACAAGAAAAACUCAGUGGUUUUCAAGUUAAGGUGGUGUCACAUUUACAGUUUGCAGACGACACAGUCGUUUUUGUAGAUGCUUCGACUGAGGAGGUGAGAAGAUUACUAGUUAUUCUGGUGGUUUUUGAGAUUCUAACAGGUCUGCGGCUAAACUUGGAGAAAGGAACGAUGAUAAGUGUUGGUGCAGAUGAGAAGGUGAAUGACUUAGCAAUGGAAUUAGGGUGUAAGGUUGAAUCCAUUCCGAUUACAUACUUAGGUAUUCCCAUUGGUUCGAAUAGAAGGAGUAAUCUGGGAAGUUAUUAUUCAAAGAAUGCAGAAAAAGUUGGUGCCAUGGAAGAGAAGAUUCUUGAACAAAGCUGGUAG